AUGUCAUUAUCUUCAACUCCCUCAUUAACAUUUGGUUAUUUUAUUACAAUAGGAAUAUUAUUAAAUGAAGCUGAAUCAUUGAAAGUUGAUGGGUUUGUAACAGUUGAAGUGGUUAUAGCAAUAUCAGGAGCAGUGGAUGUGGUUAUUAUUGAAUGCAAGCUUUUCUUUUAA